AUGUUAGUGCAAUUAGGGGCGACGGCUUUGUACGCUAUUCUGGAUCAGAUUUCGCGUAAUCAGUGUCCCGUUGGCGUGCUUGUGGGUAAGCAUGACGAGACAUCGAUAUAUAUAGCCAGCGCGUUUGAAUUAAAGUGGCUGGGCCAAUCCAUAGACUACGACUACUUGAGCAAAAGACUCAAAUUACUUCUGGCGGUGUCUGACAAUGUGUCUCUAGUUGGACUUUAUCUGACUACAGAAGAGGCACCGACACACAUUUUGGAGGACUUCAGGGUGAAUGGCGAUGUUUUGCCGCCAAUCUACAUCUCGAUCAAUGACAAGGAAAUAGAGUGCUUCUCUUUCAAAGAUCACUCACCUCUACUGGUGAACAUUUUGGCGGAAGAUACCGAAACCAUUGCCACUAAAACGCUUCAUUUGCAUGCUAACUACACGGGCGACGAACCUGAAUUGACUCAAGUGACAGAAGAAGCAACAGCGUAUUCACUACAACAGUUAGAACGCAAGAUACGGGCGAUUUUAGCAGCUGAGAACUUAGGCGAGGAAGCCGAGCGGGAUUUGGUUUACUUAGCCAAUAAGCUUUCAUUUUCGAAUGGCGAAGAUAGGAGUCUAGAACUAAUCACUUCAAGGCUAUCGAUCGUAACCAAUCUGCUCUCCGUAACUCGCGCAGCGAAUGCGUACUUCACCCCGAAGACAGCAAGAUAG